GUGAGCUCUCCUGUGUGAGAGUUAAAAAAAAAAGUUGUUAUUAGGCAACGUACGUGCUGAAUUUUUCGUUCCUAGCGUAAAUGAUAGGUCUACGUGUGCAGCUUUUAAUUUUUAACUUGAACAUAAAUCUUCAAGAAACUCCAUUCACUCUAGGAUAUUCACCAGCACAGCACCAAAAUGUGAUAUAGUAUACGAGUUAUCGAUCUUUGCCAGGAUCUGGAAUCAAGUAGCAGAAGUCAAGCAUGACCGGUGUUAUUAUAGACCAACGAUCACAAGGGAAGUUAUGUUUUUAAAAGGACAGUUAAAGCACAAUGAUCUAGCAGACGAGAUUGGUGGAAUUUUCAAAUUUUAAAACGGAACUAUUGUUAUGAAACAAAACAACUUUUUUAUAUUCAAUGUCACGUUCUGUGGAUUUUUCUGAAUAUCACAGGCAAUAAAACAUUUUUAUAACAAUGGCAUGUUCACAAACAGGCCUACACGGAGCGCACAGAUUGAUCAGGUUAACUUUCUUUGGGACGAUGGCUUUCACAUAAGUUUUUAUCAACAAAGCACGCACUCCAGUAUGAUUAAGAUAAUGGAUGUACAAUUAAAACUUUGCAUUGAGUCCACUUUCCUGGGCUGAAGUGAGGUCAUCGUGGUCCAGCACCUACUAUGUCUGUGAUGGCUGAAGACAUUUCCAGAGGCGUAGUCACAAACUCCAGCCAGGUUCACAAGGAUGUCGGGGACCUCAGAAGACCCCUCAAGUUGCGCUUCUUUGUCAACGGCGACCGCUACUUUAGAGGCAAGAAGAUGUACGUCGCUCCCAACCGCUACCACACCUUCAACGACCUCCUGAACGACCUCACGGGAAAGUUGCCCUCCAACGCCAACCUCCCUUACGGCGUCCGGCAGAUCUUCACCCCGGUCUCAGGGAGGAGGAUCUACGACAUCGCUGAUCUUAUCAACGGCGACACGUAUGUUUGUGCCGGUUUCGAGGGCUUCAAGGUGAUCAAGUAUGGUCGUGCUGCUCUGGAGCCUUGGUCUAUGGCUCGACCACAGCAAACCACCAACAAUGAAGGUGACAGCGAGUACCUCGGCAAUUACCGAUACCGGGGCUACGUCACCAACGCCUUCCAUCCUGGCCGUUACUUUCGGGCCAACCAUUCUCUGCCUCAGCGGCGUUGGCCCGGGCCGUUUGGUAGCAGCGAGCGAGGACCCAAAAACACGCAGUCAGAAGGCCAAACCCAGAAGCCAAAAGUCAUCACCAUUGUGAAAUACGGGCCGAAGCCGAGGAGCAGUAUAAAAAUUUUCCUGAACCACCGAUCCGUUUUGUCGUACGAGCAGCUCAUGUCUGACAUUGCUGAGGCUAUCGGGCGAGGAGAGGGCAAAGGUCAAAGGCUAUUCGGCGUCAACGGAAAAGAAGUGCAGGGCAUUUCCGACUUUUACCGAAACAUUAAUGUUUUCAUAGCUGUUGGAGCGGGCGAGGCUAAUCCAAGCCAGGACGUUGUCUCAGAUAUACUUGUGGAGCUUUUCCCUGAAGGAAACGACGCCAAGAACUAUUUGAAAGACUGGGAGAAAUCUCAGAGGAAAAACAAAAAACCAGCUUGGAGUAUAGACGCGGCUGCAAAAACGAAUGACUCCAAUAACCCAAAAGCUCCAAAGGUUGAACCCGUCCACGCCCAAGACAAACGCGACAGCGGGUUUGACUCCAGCGACACGGCCACCAACAAAUCAGAAACGGAUCAUGUCCCGCCCGCAGAGCACAAACCAAAACAAAAGCAUAGGAAGAAGGCGGCUCGAGAGUUAGCUAAAGAGAGCGCCCCAGAAAACAAUAACGAUUGGUCCGCCGAUCAGAACCAAAACUACGCAUCCAAAUUGGAGAAGCAACGAAUGAAACUUAUUAACGAAGAGCGGGAAAGAGUGAACCGGCGAAUGCAGAAAAUUAUAGACACAGAGAGAAGGGUGAGAGAAGAAGAGAGAAGGAAAAUGGAACAAGUGCCGACCGAGCGCCAUCAUCCAGAAAAUCUUUUCACAAAACAUGAAACAAGCGCCCAUGUGAGCGAAUCGGUAGAGGUGCCGGAGCAAUCCAAAGUGGAUGACGAAAAGGCAUUACUAGAGAGGAAGCAGAGAGAAAGAGAAGAAAGAGAAGCUGCUGAGCUUGCUGCCAGGCAUCGGAUGGCUAUGGCUGAAAGAGCAGAGCGAGAAAAAAGAGAGAAAGAUCUUCUCGAGAAGAAUAAACUGAACGCCCAAAGGAAAGCGGUGGAAACGGAGGGGAAUAAAACUGAACCCAGUACUGAAAAAAUGACUUACGAUACAAAAUCUGAAACGCCACACAAAGAUGUGAAGGCUAGCGUUGACCUAGAAACUGCCAAUGAAACUCAACCCAAUCAGACGUUACAAAUUAAAGACACUGAUACUGCUGAGGUCUCAAAUGCGCUGGAAAAUGUCCCCAAAGAAAACAUUUCCUCUGAGCAGCCUGCUCAUCAUGCGGACGCCAAAGACCAGACGAAAAGUCAGCAGAAGGAGAAACGGAAGCAGGAGAAGGAAGAAAGGCAACAGAGAAAACGCGCCAAGACGAAGAUCGUCCGGAAGACCCGGGCCGAGCGUCAAGUCAGCAGCGACGAGUCCGUGGUGCAGCGUUACGACUUUGGCAAGAAGCUCGGCGACGGCAACUUCGCCGUCGUCCAUCAGUGCAAGAACAAGGAGAGCGGCCAGGAGGUGGCCAUCAAGGUCAUCGACAAGUCCAAGCUGAAGGGGAAGGAGCACAUGGUGGAGAACGAGAUCGACAUCAUGAAGGACUGCAGCCACCACAACAUUGUCAGACUUUUUGAGGAGUACGAGACGCCCGAAAGGAUUUACCUUAUCAUGGAGCUGGUCAAGGGUGGAGACUUGUUUGAUGCUAUUACCCAAAGUAUUAAGUUUGGUGAGGCUGAUGCUGCUCUAAUGGUGAGAGACAUGUGCAGUGCUCUUUUCUACUUACACUCAAGGAGCAUAGUGCACAGAGACCUGAAACCUGAGAAUUUACUGGUCCAUAGAAACAAAGAUGGCAGUAUUAGUUUGAAGCUGGCAGACUUUGGCCUUGCUAUGGAAGUGAAGGAGCUGAUCUACACAGUGUGUGGUACACCGACCUAUGUAGCACCAGAGAUCCUUACAGAAAUAGGUUAUGGCUUGGAAGUAGAUAUGUGGGCAGUUGGAGUCAUCAAUUAUAUUUUACUGUGUGGCUUUCCACCGUUUCGUUCACCAGACAGAAACCAGACAGAGCUGUUUGAGUACAUCAAAGCUGGGGACUAUCAAUUUAUCUCCCCUUAUUGGGACAAUAUAUCUAGAAGUGCCAAAGACUUAAUAAGCCGAUUGCUUAUAGUGGACAGGAAGAAACGCUACAGCUCAGUGGACGUACUGUGCCACAAGUGGAUUGUGUGUGGUGGUCAAUCAGAUAUUGUCCCCAGUGGGGCCCAGAGCAUAGACGCAGCCUGCAAAGAGAUGCGGAAAGAGCUAGAGACACAAAACAAGUUGAACUAUGAAAACUACCAGAAGUUGAAAGAGAAAAAAAGAAGAGAGCGGGAGAAGAAAGAGGAAUGAAAUGACUGCCUGGUUGUGUACUGACUGCCUGGUUGUGUGCGAUGUUCUCUGAACUGUCAUUCGAUCAUCCCAGGCUCAAACCCUGCCUACCACCAUCCUCCACCAUCCUGCAGGAGGUUUUGGCUUGGAUGCAAUAAUCUUCAUUUCUGAAGGAACAUCCAAAACUUGUAAAGCAAAACAAAAUAAUCAAAUACUUAUACAUUUGUAAUUUGAUUCGUUGCUUUAACAAAUCAGCAAGAAUCUGCAAUUUGAUCUAUAACUAGUGUUAUGUUAAAAAACUGGCAAAUAGAGUCAAAGUUUGUUACUAAUAAUCCUUUGACCAUACAUCCAAUAAAACAUUCCAAGUUAUAAGAGAAACAGUAAUGUCUGUUGGACUAAAGUCUUCUUUUCUAACUUUAAGCCUGUGAUAUUGUGUACAUAAAAUCUUGCAUACCAGUAUCUUACAAGUAUAUAUAUAUAGUGUAAUUGUCCUUACCUAAUGAUGAGUCUAUAAGAAUAAAAGUAAUACCUUGAGCUUGGUUGCAAAAAGGUUAAUUAAUUCCUUAUUUAUAUUUUUUAAUAAUCUCAUAAUGCAAGUCUUAAUGAAAAGAAAUGUUUUAUAACUUUUUUUUUUCUAAAUGAAACUUCUGUAUGAUUACAGAAAACAAAUUUCACAACCCAUCCAGUUAAUUAAUCAGCACAUACAUUGCUAAGUAUCAAUUAUUUUUCCUAUAGUACACCCUUGUAUAGCAGUUUCUAGUUCUAUAAUUGGUAACUAUUUAUUAGCUUUAAUUUGCUCUACCAUUUCUCUUCUACAUGUUGACUUUUGAUGAUUGCUUGAUUUUGUUGUAAAUUUUUGGAUAGAGGAUGAAAACAUUAGACUUCAACUUGGAUGGCUGUAUUGUUGUGUGAUGAGAACUCUGGACUGUCAGUUGAUUACCUCCAUGGUCCUGGGUUUGAAUGUCACUCGCCAUCUCCUGCUGCCAUCCAGGGGGAUGUUUGGCAUAGGAUGUAAUGAUUAUGCACUUAUGUAUAUACCGUAUAAUACUGUUUACAACUUUUUCAUUGUUGAUAUCCUCACAAAUGUGUGUUUCUAUUUAUACUAGCCCCAUUAUUAACCAUUGUUUUAGCUGGUAUUUUGUUGCAAACCUCUUCCUACACCAUUCAUACUUUUAUGUACAAGAAAUAACUAUUGUAUCGUAAAAAGACUAAGCUUUAUUUGAAGCAUUCCGCCUGUGAUAGUAUGUACAACUUUGUAUAUAGUUGAAAUAAAAGAGCUUGUGAUAUAUAAAUAUAGUACAAUGUCCAAUUAUAAAAUGCUGUUGUUAAAUAUGACUUCUGGCAAAUGUUAAACCCUUUGUUGUUUAUCUUGACUUCAUUAGUUAACAGAUAAAUCUCUUUUUGAAAGCUAAAAAGUAAUUGUAUAGAAUUAUUUUAAAAUUGAUUUCUUAUUUGACAGACCUUAUACAGUAUUUUUAUUGGACCAGUAAAAUUUAAAAUGUUAUUUUCAUUUAAAUAAUUAUGUAAUGUUUUACUCUGUAAUAUGAUAAGUUUAAAAAAGUCUUUAUAAGUAAUGUUUAGUCAGACUUGUUUCAUUAUUCUAGUGAAUAAAUUAUUUGUUCAUUUUUGAAAAUAAAAUGACAUUAAAAGUCAUUUUAUCAAAGUUGUUGAUACAAUGUAUAGAGAAUUACUUUUUAGACAGAUUUAAAGCUACAUGCUUUUAUUUAUAUGUAAUUUAAGCAGAAAUUUCAUCGAUGUUUAUGAAUUAGUUGACGAUUUGAUUCUUCUCAUUCCAGUAGACUGGGUGAGAAUGUAAAACUUUGUCUUAAUCUGUCAUUUGUUUCAAUUUUUAUUGUAUUUGAUUAGUUGUUCUCUAGCAGUCCAUGACAACAACUUCCUAUUUUUAAUGUUAUUGUCAACCAGUGUUUGGUAAUGAAGUUGGCAAAGUUAAUUUUAAACUUUUACAGCCCAAUAAAAAAGCAUAUCAGAAACUUGACUUCAUGAUUUAAUGCUAGCUUUCUCUAUACAAACUUUCGAAUCAUUUUUUUUUAACUUUAAAAGUGCUUGUAGGUCUUUUUUUUUUCUUCCACAAUCAAUAACAUUUGUGACUAAAUGUUAGGAUAUAUAAAUGAAUUUAUUUUAGAGGUGAAUUUAUUUUAAAAAAGAUUAACAAGCACACCAUCAUUUAGUUUUCAAAUUUGUUUAAGCUAAGCUACAUUCUCCUGAAACCAUUAGUAACCAUCAUCACAGACAGACUGUAAUAAUGGUUGCUGAGAUUGCUGCUGCCAAUUGAGAUCUCUGGAUGGUUUUGAACAUUAUAAAAGGAUGUUUAAAAUGAUUGAACAUCCUUUGGUUUAGCACUUGAGACUUGCUAGAAAUUUUUUCUGGGGUUUGAAUUCUGAUACCUUGUCAUCUUUAGAUUUGGGUAGCAUAUCCAAAUGCCUAUUGCAAAAUGAGAUAAAUAUAUAUUUAGACAGAUCAACAUCCAAGGAUGCUAAUUGAAAGGAGAUAAACGUCACAUCUUUUCAGGUAAGGAUGUCUAGGGGAAAAGCGGAAACAUUCAUUAUCACUAAACUGUCUCAUAUUCUUUUUGACUGCCCCAGACUAACUGAUCUGUCUCGACAGGUCUGGGAAACCAGAAAUUCUCGACCUGUUUGUUGACAUGUAUGCACUAUGCAAAACAGCAGGGUUUCUGUCUAGGGCUUUUGCACGAGAGGAUUUGUGCCUCUCAAGCCCUCACUCAAAUGGAGUUUGAUGAUGAUGAUGACAGUGAUUAUCACUAAACAAAUUGCUUCAGGAUGUGUUUGUUAUCCCAACAUGUGCUUGCUGAUUGUUAAGUCUUAAAAAAGGAAACUGAAUUAUCUUAUAUAAAUUACCAAAAAUUUUUAAGCAUUUCUGUUAAGAUCAUGAUCAAUACAUUCAUUUUUUUAAAGUUAUUGGUUUAUAAUUGAAAGGUAAUUAUCUUAAUGAAAUAAUGUCAUUUCUUAAACAAAAAGUGUAAAUCAACCCUACAAGUCCAACGCUAAAUGCAAUUAUUUUCUUUAAUUGGUACUGUCUCAUAUUUUUAUGUUAAUGAUAUUAUUUAUUUAUUGCCAUGUGAAGUUCAUAAGCAUUUUGUUAUAUUAAUAUACACUGAUGUCAUUUGUUUAUUGACAUUUGAUUGUUUAGAAAUUGUAAGAAAUGUUAAAGUUUUUGAUGAGGCAUCCAACCAAGAAAUGUUUUAUUUAUUGUUUUAUAUAGAUUUGCACAGAAUUUUAAAAAUAUUAAUUCUGAAUAUUUGAAUUGGAAAAAAAAAAUUCUUCCUCAUUAAAAACUUAACAGCAAUGAAAGAUUGUAGUGUUGAUCAAACCAAGGCUCAACUUUUAAUUAUUUGUCCCAUUAGUACAGACAUCCGCAAGUCCGAUUUCUAGCUGUCAGCAAAAAAGUGCUAAAAAUAUGUACAUUUUGUUUACGUUUUGAGAUAUUUAAAAAAUACUGACUAAUCUUUGUUCUACUUGAUGUUUAGAGCUAUGACUAUUCAAAUAAAGUUAACCAUAAUUUGUUAUUUUUUACUUAUUGUAUUCCUCAAAUUUUAUGAUCUUCCCCACAAACAGAAGUCACGACACAUAAAGCACAACUUUGCUUCCUAUACUCACUUUAUGAAUCUUUUUGUUCUCUAUUUAAUCCAUGGCCCAUCAUCACUUCUAAAUGGAUUUAUCUUUUUUUUUUCUACAUCUUUAGCAGGACCCUUGGCCAGAAUUAUUAUCCUUAACAUUAGACUCAGUGGUACAAAUUUCCCUCAACAUGCUGAAUAAUUUCUGGUCUUUUCUAAUUUAGACUGCUUUUCUUGGUCAGAGUAGGGUGCAUCUCUUCUGUUGUCAUGGAACCUUUGUUUGAAGUUAAGACUUUUUUUAUUUCCUUGUAAUGAAAAUGAGGGGAUAGGGCAUCAGUAUUCCUUUUAAUCUGCCAUUUGAAGAACUAUUGGGUUGUUGAAGCUGAGUACCAAAGCAGUCUUCCGGUUAAUUGGAAAGGUUUUCACAAUGGCAGGGACAGUUUGUUUUGGAUAGCAUCAAAGGAAAAUUUUUUUAUAAAUUUGUUUUCAUAAUUGUGUUAUGUUAGAAAGUGUAUGUCAUAAAUUGUUUUAAUAUGGUAAAUAUGUACAUUUUAUUUUGUGUUGAUUUUUUUUUUUAAGCCAGUAAUAAUACUUUCAUAUAUGAAGCAAUAUUAAAUUUUGACUAAAAUUGUAAA